AUGAGUGAUACACCUUUGAAGAUUGAAACUUCCUCACCUUUGAUCCAUGACCAGUAUCGCGGCACUCACAGAGACCAUUCCUCCACCACCACCACUUUACAGAACAACGGCACUGCUCUCAAUGUGUUUCCCAAUAUUGUCGAACCAAAAAGAAACGGGGUACUUCAGUUGAAGAACGGACAAUUCAAGAAUGGGUCUCUUAAUGGCAGUGUUCAAGCCAAGGAUGCCUUUGCAGCAAAUAACGCUUCAAGAAAACGGUCGAACUCAAGGUCGCAAGUUGUUAAUAUUCCAACAAAACCAAAAUCAUCCAAUUCAUCGAUAUACACGUCGUCAUCGCCGUCGUCGUCUUCAUCGUUGUCGUCGUCGUCUUUGUCUUCUUCGUCAUCAUCGUCUUCUUCGUCAUCUUCAACAGCGAAAUCAAUGUCCGAUGCUUCGAUAUCACAUAUGAACCCAAGGAAAAGAUGUCAAAUGCAAUACUAUGUCACCCUUUUACCGUUGAAUGAUACUUUUGUGAAAAAACAUUUACCCAUUGCCAUAUAUCCUGAAACGACUAAACUAGGUCGACCCACGGGAACAAAGCACAAGCCAGACGUCACCAACGGUUAUUUUGAUUCUAGAGUCUUGAGUCGAAACCAUGCUCAGAUUUAUGUUGACCCGCUGAAUGGCAUGAUUAUGAUACAGGACUUGGGAUCGUCGAACGGAACCUAUUUAAAUGACGUGAGGCUAAACAAUGAGCCGGCAGAAGUUAAAAAAGGUGAUCUUGUUUGUCUUGGGUUCAAUGUCCAAGCGGAGUCGACUCACAAGCAAAUCAGUCUAAGAAUUGAAAAUAUAAGUGUUGUUGCUAAUACCAAAUCGCCGUUAUUUCAGCAGCAUCAUCCACAACAUCAUCUUCAACAUCCACAUCAACAUCAGCAGCAAAUACAACAGGACAAUGGCCAGUUUGAUACCCCAGAAUUUAAACAUCUAGCAUUUAUUGAAGAAAUAUAUCGGAAAAUCAAUGCAGAAAGUGAAGGUGAAGGUGAAGAAAGAGAAGAAGGAGAAGAAGGCGAGGAAGGGGGGGAAGGACACGAGUGCCUUAAACAACAACAGCGGCCGCGGCUUCUGCUCCUGCUUCUGCAUAUGCAUCCACAUCCCAAUGCGCAUCUACAUUUUGACUCUGCUUUGUUUGGAGACGUUAAUCCCGAUUUGGAAGAGGACUUGUUGGGACUUUUUUCAUCGGCAAAUGCAGGCAUUUACAACAACUCCCAAAUCACUAGCACGACAACAUUGGAAAGUGUAAUCAACCUCUUGGCUUUGAACUUGUCAAGAGUCAAGCAGCAAAGCUCGUCUUUGGAGUCGCUCCAGACUUUUUUGACAAAUUACCAAGCAGAGUUGGACACCUUGAAUCGAAAACAUUUGAAUCAAGAGUUUUCCAAAAAAUCCAAAGCAUUGGAAGAGGAGCUUCUAAAGGAAAAAGACGAGAAAAAAAAGAUUGAGGCGAAAAUAGAACUGAUAUUGGAGGAGAACUUGGCCAAGAUCAACGCGUUAAAUAAAAAAGUCAAAUCCUCCGAGCGGGAAAAAUCAAAAUUGGCCGAAGAAGUACAGAGACUACAGGAGAAACUCGAACAGUUUGAAGCUGCAGACAAGUUGAAAUGCAAAGAGUUGGAAGACCUUCACGUGGAAAAGACAACGUUGGAGGUGUUGCUACUACAAGCAAAGCCCAAGACUAUACCAGAAAAGAAAUUUGUUGACGCUUCGACGUGCACUACUGAAGAUGCAGAGUUGGAAAAUGCUCACAAUUUGGUGUCGGAGGCAAUCAAUGGAUUCAUAAUGGAUCUCUCGCGGACCCCCUCGGUGCGGGACAACUUGAAAAAUCUAGACGGACUGGGGUCUAUGAAAAGCACGUCAUUCAAGGACACGAUUGAGCUUACACCACCGCUGUCGGAUAACGACGACGACGAUAGCGACAGCGAGCUGGAGCAUGAUAGUCGGGAAAACUCUACAACUGGUCAAUCGAGAAAAUCGUCAAAAGAACUAUAUAAUGAAAACCUAUCUUCGUCCUCGAUUAUAACGACAAAUCAUCACCAUGCAAAGGAAGUUGAGCCUUUCCCGAAAGUGGAAGAUCCCGCUUCAACUUUGAAUCAUUCAAAUACUCAUCAUAAUUCCACCCAGGGUUGUUUUUCUUCUUCUUCCUCAUCUUCGUCAUCCUCGUCGUCCUCCACCACCACCACCACCUCCUCCUCAGCAAAGUCCAGCAUAGCCAAUAUUGUCAAUUCAAAAGUCUCACUCAUUAAAUUAUCAGCUGAAGAAAAACAACGGGUCCUGACCAUGGUCAUUGCUGUUUCUGCUAUGUUAUUUGGAUUUUAUUUAAAACUGUGCUUGAAUUAUAUUUACAACGGUGCUUGA